AUGCCGUGGGGCCUUGAAGGACGCGUGGGCGUCGUGACUGGCGCCUCCUCUGCAAUUGGGAGGCACUUGUCCGCGCGCCUGGCCAAGGAGCACGGGGUGCGGUUGGCCUGCGUGUCGAGGAGGGAUGUGACUGGCCUCGUCCCCGCAGAGUGCACGUGCCUGCGGGCGGACCUCCUGCUGCCGGCCGACACCGACGCUGUGAUGAAGUCGGUGCGGGAGGCGCUUGGGCCCGUCUCGCUCCUCGUCAACUGCGCCGGUGUGACGCUGAACAAGAUGCACGUGCGCUGCACCGAAGACGACUACGACGCCGUCAUGAACGUUAACCUCCGUGGUGCACUUAACCUCACCCGCGCCGCGCUGCGUCAUGGUGGGAUGCUGAAGGGCGGCGACGGUUGCGUUGUCCACGUCGGCUCUGUUGUGGGCAGCCUGGGCAACGAGGGCCAGGUGCUCUAUGCGGCCUCAAAGGCGGCGUUGAGUGGGGCGGUGCGGUCCUGGGCGCGGGAGUACGGCCCGAGGAACCUGCGGUUUAACGUGAUUGCCCCCGGCCUCAUUGCGGGGGAGGGGAUGGGACGGACGCUGACGGAGGAGCAGCGCGAGUGGUGGCGGGGGCGCUGUCCCAUGGGCCGCUUGGCCACUGCGGAGGACGUUGCCGACGCCAUCAUCGGCGUCAGCUUGUGCCGCUUCAUCAACGGCCAGACGAUUCACGUGGACGGGGGGCUGUGCUGA